AUGCGGUUUCGCAGCACACUGCUUCCUCUGAUGCUGCGCCGUCAGAGACAAUACGGGCGGGGACCGAACCUGGGCUUGUGCGAGACAAGAGUUCCUGUUGGCUGCGUGAGCCUGCUCAAGUUCCGAUUCACUGGUCUUGUCAUUGCCGGCCCGGUGCGGGUGUCUGUGGCUGGCAAGCAACCGUUGCUUCAUCGUGUCUGGCUGUCCCGUCUGUUUGUUUAUCAUCGUCGUCGCGGCUCAGAGACUCGUUUGCACUUUGCAACACUUCGCAAUCCCCGGUUGCCUUGCUGCCAAAAAAUGCAGCUCCAGAGCUCCUAUCGCCUUUACAAGCGCGAGACAAGCAGGCUCGUGUACCUCCUAGUCACCGCCUCCAACGCCCUCCUCACCGCAAAGCGUCUCCAGCAAUACGUCAACAAGUCUUGCAAGCUGUCGCCCUCCGAGUUUAUUCCCGCGGCCCAACUCAUCGCCAAGCACGUCAAAAACGUCCCGUCCGAGAUUUUCCGCGUCUUGGACUCCGUCAUCAAGCUUCGCACCGCUUGCUGCAACGAGUUUCGGCGACGUGCCGCAACCCACGGCAGCAACACUGAAAUGGAGGAGAGCAACAGGUCCCACCAGCACUUUGUUGACAUUCUCCGCCAAACGUUCGGCAUCCUCGGCGGGGACAAGUGGCUCGAGCAGGAGAAAUCAAGUCGUGCCAAGCCUGCCGCGACCGACGCGACGGAUUCUGAUGGCUUCCAGGCCAACUGGUCCAACGUCUUCUCGCGUCUGAGCCUCGACACCACGUCAGAUACGGAUGAAGAGAGCCGUGACGACGACGAAGCAUCUUCAAAUCUCCCGGAAACGCCAAGACCCAGAAGAGUCCGUCGCAAGAACAAGAAACACGCAAAAAAGUCUGGUUCUCGUCGUCGGCGACAGGAACCCGCCAGCCACAUCCCCCUCGAGCAGUAUGGCCUCGCCCAUGAUGACGAACACAAGGCUGCCGAGUACUUCCUGGCCGCUUCCGCCAUCUUGGAACAGUGCAUUGAGCUACGGCUCUACUGCCAACGCGUAUGGGCAAACUCAGCCUACCACGGCAAGAAUCUCGUCGUGACGACAGCCAUCGCGUUUCAGGCCAUGGCCGUGGUCCGUCGCUCCCAGGCCAUCACUUUUGCCGACUUCCCUGAUGGCGACUCGUAUCUGGACCUUCUCAACGCUUACACCAACGGGGGAACAAGCCGCCUCCAAAACGACACCGUCAUUCGCUUUUGCUGCAACAGCAGUGACGAGAACUGUUGCAAGGUCAUGAAGGAGAAGGCUGUGCCGCCCCACCAUAUGAAGGAGCUUCUCAUGGAAUACUCAUACAUCUCUCUCGUCGAAUUCGUACAAGACUAUAAGAAAACCUCGUCGGGUAGUCCCACCAAGGCUAUGCAGGCGACGUUUCGUAAAUGGGACCCGGACUUGACUCUGAAGGAAGCUUCGCUGGACCAGAUGCUCGAGUGGCGGCGCGUGUACACGAUCAAAUGGCUUUACGAUUUGGUUGCGUCCUUCCUGUCGCAGAAGAGAAUAAUCCAGGAAAAGUCCACCCGGGACAGGCGCCGAGGCAAACCAUCCCCCAACAAGGUUUGGGAGGAAAAAUUCUCCUUUUUUGGCCUGGGUGACUUUGCCGAGGCCGUGGUGUCUCUGACGCAAGAAUCGGCCGAGGCUGGGUCUGAGCGCAGCAUCACACCGCUUUUAGUCUUUCAACUGCAGUGCAUUGUCGAUUCAUUUACCAUUACUCGAGGUUGGAGCAUCAGGGCCGCCGGCAGCAUCCUGUGGGACGUCCCGCCCGAGGAUUUCGACGCCGUGUCCUGGCUACACCUGUUCGGGGGACGCGAAGCAUGCCAUGCGCGCCCGGGAGUGGUUGGGGCCGCGGCCGCGCUCGCGGACAGCAUAUUGGAUAGACCAACCGACGAAGGUUUGGCCCCCGUCGGUGACGCUUUGCGGGAGUUUUGUGACAGCUUCUGCAGCCACUACAAGACCAUGAUGGAGCUCGACCGAGGCGCCGCCAGUGGCCGGGGGCGGCGGAACUCAGCCAAAUGGGAAGCAGACGAGCUCGCUCUCUGGUCGUUGUCGCCGUUCCUCUGCGGCUCCGGCUUGAUGCAAGCCAUUGAGCUUGUCUACCGAUUCAGCAUGUUCAUCUGGGGUCUGACGCCGGAGCUGCUCCUCAUGAUAGACCUGCACCACGAACUGACGGUCCAUUGCGCCCGGCUCGAGCCUAUACCCGUGCUGGAAAAGAUGUUUGACUGGUUCGGGAACGACAUUUGCCGCCUCGACGUGGCGAGGCUGCUUCGCCUACGGAUCAGGCUGGGGCAUGGCGCGUCGCACCAGCUGGAGCCAUUCCAGGCUCACACAGCCUUCUUCAAAAACUUCCACAUGGCGAGCAGCGUCAUGCAGACGAGAUCGGACCUGCUCGUCCUGCACGAGGCGGACUGGCAGACGAACGCCGUCACGCCAUCGCGCCACGCCACCUUGCAGCCGGGGAGCGCCCUCAGGCCGCUUGUCAAAAACCUGGGCGAAUACAGCGCCUUUGACAGCCGCAAGCACUUCACGCAGAUGCCCAAGACGGGGGAGAGCAUCAACAUCCCGCACUUCGACCCCGCGGAGCACAUCCCCGAGAUCACGCUGCUUGGCAUGAUGGACUACGCGCUCAUCCAGGACGCAGACACCUUGUCCGGGGUGAACUUUUUCCACGUGAUGGCGACGCUUCUGAAAGUCUGGUCCGGGCUGGGCGAGGGGCUGAAGCGCGCCGGCAACCUCUCCUGCUGGACGGGGUCCAGCGACAUUCCGGGGGCGGCCGUCAUUGCUGGGACAUUGAGUGCAAUGACGCACAGUAACGACGCGGCUAUGGCGCUCGCGGCGGAGGUCUUUGAGCAGCAUAGAGAUGGAUUCGCGAAAGAGUGCGUCAUGUAUUUUGGGACGGAUAGGAUGCGAACAGAUUGGGACACGGGUGAUUUCUUGUGGCGCCCAGAGGUUUGA